UGUACCUACUCCUGGAUCUCCACUCCGACAGAGAGCUGGAUCACUAUGGUUCUGAAGAGAGGGGCUCAUGGCAAUGAUUUGCGCAGAAUAAUCGACCAGACGUUUCCAAAGCUUCAUUUUUACCUCUCCAAACCCGUUCAUGGUAGAGCCGUUGGUCAUUUCUCCAUCACCGAAACUCAGAGGAAGAUCAGAGGAUGAAAGUUCUGACUAGUCUCCCUCUUUUAUUGGGCUUCUGGACUCUCUUAUACCUGGACUUCAUCCCGCAGGCGCUCUCCAUCGCCGGAGUGGCCGGUCACAGGGGCGCCGGAGCGGCCAAACCCAGUUCACGGUUACCGGUGGCGCGCAACGUCACGACGCUCGUCAAGCCCUCCGACAACGCGAAGAUCUCUCGCAUCCGGGCCGGUCCACCUCUAAUAAAGGCCGAGAGUAACCCGGCUCGGGCCGUGGUCCCUGUGAGUUUGGGGCGCAGGGAGGCAGCGCGCUCUUGGGUACCCAAGGAUGCGGCGCGAGUCGCAUCCUCUUCCAGCAUCCAACACCAAGCGGGACACAAUACAGGAGUUUCGGCACAGAAAUCCGCCGCGCCGGCUGCGCUUAGGGCUGGUCAGACUAACGGCGGCGUAAUGAAAAGCAUCGAGCGGGCAUCUGCGCAUCUGAAAGCGUCAGGCGCGGUAAAGCUGGAGGACAGCGAGGAACCCAAAUACCCUUUAGUGACGCCCCAUGACUACAUGCUGUCCCUGUACUGGUCACUGACCAGCGGAGAGGUCAAUACUAGUGUCCUACAGGAGGCUGGGAUGGCCAAUACCAUCACAAGCUUUGUAGAUCGAGGACAAGAUGACCGUGGGCCCCUGCUGAGACGUCAGUGGUACCUCUUCAACAUCAGCUCAAUGGAGAAGGAGGGUCUGUUGGGCGCAGAGCUGCGCAUCCUCCGAAAGAAGCACAUGGACUCUCGUAAGGCCACGUUUACUGAGGGCUUGGUAACUUUGAGACUGUACACCUGUGCCUCAGGUAAGCACAGACCCAUCCUGCUGCAGACUCGACUUUUUGACCCUCACAGCGCCCCGUACUGGGAAGUGUUUGACAUCUGGAAACUGUUCAAGAACUUUAGAAACGCUCCUCAGAUUUGCUUCGAGCUGGACGCCGUCGAUCAAGGCCGACCGCUUGACUUGCGAUUGCUCGGCCUGGGUCGGAUGGGAAGGCAAAGUAAGGAAAAAGCCUUUUUUGUGGUGUUUGGGCGUACGAAAAAGCGAGGGCUGUUUUACAACGAGAUCAAAGCCCGGUCAGGUCACGACAACAAGACCGUCUACGAGUACCUCUUCACCCAGCGGCGGAUGCGUCGGGCACCGUUGCCACGAGGGAAAAAACCACCCAAGAAUCCUAAACAGAGAUGCAACCGCAAGCAGUUGCACGUCAACUUCAAGGAAAUGGGCUGGGACGACUGGAUCAUCGCGCCUCUGGAGUACGAGGCCUUUCACUGCGACGGCGUCUGCGACUUUCCCAUCCGCUCUCAUUUGGAGCCAACCAAUCACGCCAUCAUCCAGACUCUCAUGAACUCCAUGGAUCCCAGAUCCACACCUCCGACCUGCUGCGUCCCGACCAGACUCAGCCCCAUCAGUAUCCUCUACAUAGACUCGGCCAAUAAUGUGGUGUAUAAGCAGUACGAGGACAUGGUGGUGGAGAGCUGUGGUUGCAGGUAGCGAGAUAUUCUGAAGACUUUCAAAGAGCAACCAGAAUAAAAACAAUUUGGGUCUUCAUUACUUUCAGACUUUCUUUGAAAAGAACUAUUUGGCCUAAACCAAGAGUAUGAUUUCCUUUUUGUUGACCAAUUUUUUUUAUAAACACUAGCCUAUACACUUGCAUUCAGAACGGAACAGGGUUGUGCACCAUUCAGGAAUUAAGUGAUAAUGUUUUAAAUUUCAGUUUAACUCUUGCAUUUGAAUUGUGUUAGAAAAAAAGAACUGCAAUUUGAAUGUCAAUGUAUAGAAGUAGAAAUUCCAAAAUUCAAAGAACCAAAAUUCAAAAUAAAUUUUAAAAACAUUUAAAAUUCAAAAAAUAAAAAUAAAUAAAUAAAAUAAAAUCUGCCAGGGCAUUGUCUAUAAAUUUUAUGGACAUUUCCAAUAACUCUAAAACACAUUGCAUGCAAAAUCCAAAAUACAGACAAAACACCUGUAAAAAAAAAAUCAAUACAGGAAAUUUCUUCAUAUUAAUACAGUAUAUUGUGUCCCAUGUUUAUGGAUUUUUUUACAGUGAAAUUAACUGGAAAUUAAAAUGUUAUAUGGUAAAUCUUAUAUUUCAAUAACAAAAGGGCAUUUCACAAAAAAACAGCAGCGCCAUUAAUCUAUUUUAUUGGGACUGCAAUAAAAAUAUUUAA